UAUAAUGUCUAUUUUUAUUUUAUAAUAUCUAUGUAAAAUUAUAAAUAUAAUUUGUUAUUAAUAUUUAUACGUGAGUGUCGAGUUCACGAUGACAUUCACAGUGUAGUCGUAGUCGUAGUGACGUAUUGACGUGUCACGUGUAGUUUAUUAAGCUUAUUUAAAAUUCAGUGUACCAUAAUACCUAAUUUGUUUUUUAAAAUGCCCAAAAGACGGUGCGUUUUUACUCCACAAUUAAAAUUAGAAUUUCCUUUUUUACAAGAUGCUGACGAAGUAGGAAAAAUAUUUUGUACCAUAUGUAAGUCAGUGUUUUCUAUAGAACAUGGUGGACGUUCAGACAUAACACAACAUGUUACAAAAGUAAAAAAACAUUUACUGGCAUUAUCAGCUGCAUCAAAACACGAAAAGGUAACUUCUUUUUUUUUUAAAAAUGAUCCGAGUGGGUCCACUGACGAAAGUAGACGUACUGCAGCACAAGAAGGGAUAUUCGCAUUUCAUACCGUGAUACACAAUCACUCAUUUCGAUCAAUGGACUGCACAUCAUCUCUUUUAAAACAAAUGUAUAAUAAAAAAUUUACAUGUGCGAGAACUAAGGCUGAAUCGAUUGUUUUAAAUGUGUUAGCUCCUUUCGCCAUGCAACAAAUUUAUAAGGAAAUAGAAAAUAUAAAUUUUGCUACAAUUAUGAUAGAUACUUCUAACCAUAAGAACCUAAAAAUCGUACCAAUUUUAAUACGUUAUUUCAAACCAAAUUCGGGAAUACAAAUCAAAGUUUUUGAAGUAACAAAUUUAAAAGGAGAAACAGCAAAUAUUUUAUCAACUUAUAUAAUUGAAAGUUUAAAAAAGCAUAAGUUGUCAGAUAAAAUUGUUGCAUUUUCUGGAGAUAAUUGCAAUACUAACUUUGGAGGUGUUUUAAGAAAAGGAUCAAAUAAUGUUUUUUCAAUUUUAAAUAACAAUUUAAAAACGAAUAUUUUUGGAGUAGGUUGCGCUGCUCAUAUUUUGCACAACGCUAUGCAAUCAAGUGCUGAUGUGUUACCUAUUGAUGUAGAAAUCAUAGUUAACAAAAUUUUUCAAUUUUUUCAUAUCUAUACAGUUCGAGUUGAACAUUUGAAAGAGUUUUGUGAAUAUGCAAAUGUUGAAUAUAAAAAUAUUCUUGGAAGUGUAAAAACUCGUUGGUUAUCCUUAUUACCUGCAAUAACAAGAAUUAUUGAUAUUUACCCGGGCUUAAAAUCAUACUUCGAGAAACAGGAAAAGUGUCCUACAAUAUUAAAAUCGUUUUUUAACGAUCCUAUGUCUAUAGUGUGGUUUCAUUUUUUACAAAGCCAAUUAAAGGUUGUCUGUGAUACUGUAACUAAAAUAGAAGGAGAUAAAAUAUCAGCCUGUGAAGUUGCAGAGGAAUUAGAAAUUUUAGUUGGAAAAAUAAAAAAUAGAAAACAUCUAAACUUCCUUACAACAAAUAUUUUAUCGCUUUUAAAUGAUUUAAAAAACAAUAAUAUGUAUAAUGAAAGCUCAUUCAAAAAAAGUACUGAUCUAUUUUAUAAUACUUUUUUAUCUUACGUAGAAAAAUGGGGUUGCCACUUUGACCAGUUGAAAAUAUUUCAUUGGGUCCAACUAAUAAACUGUCCUACUUGGGAAAAUGUUCAAAAAUGUAUUAAAUUUCUUAUGGAAAACAACCGAAAUAAUUCUAACAUAAAAUUAGAUGAAGAUAAUUUAUUUGAUGAAUUCAGUCAUGUAGAACAAAUUUUUAAAUCACGAAUUCAUGAAUGGCAAAAAAAUUCCGCUAAAGUAGAAGUUAAGUGGUGUGAAAUAUUUGAAUACACUAAAGCUCAUAACAUUGAUACAACUAACAUAUCAAAAAUCGUAGAAUAUUCUUUGGCAAUUCCUGGUACAAAUGCUGCAGUAGAACGGAUUUUUUCAACCAUUAAUGUGUUGUGGACAGAUGAAAAAAAUCGAUUUUUGGUUGAAACUAUCAAAUCAAUUAUAAUCGUAAAAACACACUUUAAAAACUUAUCUUGUAAUGAGUUUUAUAAUAUUCUAUUAAAAGAAACUAGGUUACUUGAUGAAAUCGGUUCAGCACAAAAGUAUACAAAAACAUCAAAAGAAGAAAUUUACAUGCCAUCGUCAUCAAAAUAAUUUUUUUUUGGACUUUUGUGUACAUAUUAUACUUAUUAAUAUUUUAUUUGUAUUUAAAAACUAUUAUACAACAUACAUUUAAUUUGUUUUUUUUAUAUUAAUAUAUUUAGUUAAAAUUAGAAUUUCCUUUUUUUUUUUUUUUUUA